CCCUGUGGCGCUGGUCACUGACAGAUCACCUGACAUCACGCAACCCCAGCCUGUGACCUAAACAUCCUCAUGCCUCAACAUCAUAACAUAACGUCCACACAGAGAGAACUGAGAAAUACGAAGAAGCACCGCGAGCUUGUUUCCACCAGCUAGAAGCCGCCACUAUAUACCGGGACUUGAAAAGCUAUUCAUCCCGUAUGGAAUAAAUAUCAGCAUAGCCUUGCUUGGCAUUUCGGUUUGGGAUGGAAUACGUUCGCAACUUUCGUCCCUCAACCACGGUUAAAUAACCAGCCCCGUUCGCUCAUUUACCUCGACAGGAAGACCAGGGGCUAACGCGGAAAAGGAGAGAAUAACUAAGGGCGGAAGAUAAAGAGCAGGAAACAGGAGCAAAUAGAGGUAGAGAGAGCGAGAGAGCAAAGCGAUUACCCGCCACAUGCAUUCGAAUUCCAGGCUCCAGUCCUUGCCUACUUUCUCCUCUCAAGGCAUGACCCGUGUCUUCAGUUGACGGCCUUCUUUAUUUAUUUAAAUACCACCUAGGUACUGCUUGCCAUGGCAGACCUAUUACCAUCACAGACUUCAAAGGUCAUCGCCACCAUCGCCGUCGCGGCAACCCACACCAUCUUCUUUCCGUCCUCCACAUUCCCUCCCUCCCCGUCGGCAACAUCCACCUCAAUAAUAUCCCAGUAUCAAAAACAACAGGGCAGCGGCAACGGGGAAAAUGACGGUAGCAAUGGCGAAUGUGAGCUCCUCGGCCCCUUCGCGCUAUUUGUACAGGCUGCACUGGGCGCCCUCGCGCUGCUUUCACUCGUGUACAAGCGAUGGCGAGAACGGCCACAACGACCCGUGAAGGUAUGGGCGUUCGACGUGUCGAAGCAAGUCUUCGGCUCUGCUAUGCUGCAUCUAGCCAACCUGCUCGCGUCGAUGUUUUCCGCAGGCCAGAUCCCCGUGACGGCGACGUAUCAGCCGAAUCCGUGCUCGUAUUACUUGCUAAAUUUGGGGAUUGAUACAACCUUCGGCAUCCCCAUCUUGAUCCUGUUCCUCCGUAUCCUCAACCGCGCCGCCCAGUACACUCCGCUCGCCAACCCGCCUGAAUCUAUCGAAUCAGGAAACUACGGCCACCCGCCCCGCGCCAAGUGGUGGUUCAAGCAAUCCGUGAUCUACUUCUGCGGCCUGCUCUGUAUGAAAACAUGCGUUGUCGUCCUGAUACACAUGCUCCCCUUCAUCGUUAAGAUCGGCGACUGGGCCCUCCGAUGGACAGAGGGGAAUACCGCAGUUCAGAUAUUCUUCGUGAUGCUUUUGUUCCCGGUCAUUAUGAAUGCGGUGCAGUAUUAUAUCAUUGAUAUCUUUAUCAAGAAGCCUGUGCCUGUUGUGAGGCACGAGAGGGUUCCAGGCGAAGAUCCGGAUGAUGUUGAUAGUGAUUCUGAUGGCGUUGAUGGUGUCGGGAUGGCGGGGGAUGAUGAUCGGCAUCGGCGGAGUGCGUUGUUGGCAGGGAUUGAUGAUGGGGAUACUGAAUUUUCGAGCGAUGAGGAAGACCCUGUGGUUUUUUCGGAUAGUGAUGAUGAAGCGAGGGUGAAACAACCCUUUGAAGCUGGUGACAAAGGCAAUGGUACUACAAAUUAAUUGAGCAUCCACCGUGAUAGAUUUGGAUACUCUAUUUUGAGAUAUAUGCUCACCUGCCAUCCCUUUCACUGCCAUGUUAGUUUUCUCAUAAGAACAAAUGCCUGAUACACCCUGAUGUACUUUAUCUUCUUGUUCUGCUUUCUUGUCUACUUGCGGGAUGCUUUGCGAAUGGCGUUUUGGCGAAAAUUCUGGCUAUGUUUCAUAUUCUCCAUUUGCCUUUGUCGUCUUCUUUUGGAUAUCCAAGCAUUCGCCUCCUCAAGACAAACCCUGGCAUUCUGUAUUCUUUUCUGCUUGUAUUUUCGCUCCUGUGCGUUAUCGAAGCGUCAUUUCUCUUCUUUCUCUCAUUCCUUGUCUUUUUUAAUGGAUCCAGCCCAAAUCAAAAUAUAUAUAUAUUUCACUUUUAUUUCAGAUGCAUCUUCAGUUUGUUCCAAUGCUCACUGGAAUGGUGUGUCAUGAUGUGAUACGCCCUUUUUGUAAAAAAAAUAAAAAUAAAAAUAAAAGUAAAAAAUUAAA